GUACUUAUUGGUUCUCCCCUGGCCGGCCAGCCAGCCAAACGGACUGGAGAUGUCUACAAAUGCCCUGUGGGUCGAGGACCAAACCCUAAAUGUAUCAAACUGGAGCUGCCUGGUGAGCACUAGUUUAUAGUGUGUGUUUGCAUGUGUAGGUGCAUGUGUAUGUUAUUGAAACUCCCUCUAUUAGCUGUGUCUGAGUUGAGGCUUAGCCCCUCAUAUUGUCCGGUGUGCUGGUCUGGGACUCCCUGCCUCCCUCCCUGGGGAGUGUGCUGGACAGGACGUGAGCCAAAGCAGCACCACAGCAGCACAGGAAGACACUACAUAAACAGGAUUUUAAUGUCUCAUCUCAUUCACUCAUAAUUAUAUCAUGCUAACUAGAUAACCAACAUGACUCCUCUGCUGCAUGCGCUUCAUGCACCAUGCCUCUGGGCUUCUGAUGACGCUGACUCAAUACUGAACAGGAUUGGGUUCAAUUCCAUUUCAAUAAAGUCAAUGAAGGAAGUAAACUGAAUUGACUGAAUUGAAAUGGAAUUGACCCCAACCCUGAUACUGACCCACUUCACAAAGGCAGGGUUGAGAUUAGUUAGGAUUACUAAAUCAAUUUAGUGGAACUAAAUCAAUUCAUUUUGGGGGAUAUAUUAUAAUUUUGUAACACAUUUUGCUGACAUUAUCUGUUGUUUUGUAAAGUAUUUUGAUGUUUUAUAUCUGUUUAUGUAUUUAUUAUACAGUAUAUAUUUUAAUGUUCUCUGGUAAAAUUAUAAGAAUAUUUGUCCACCAUACAAUCUGGUCAUAUACAGUGUGAGCAUGACAAUUACUGUACUAUCCUAGAGCUUGACAGGGCCAUGUGUUGUUCUGCAGUCACUAGACGUGACGUGAAUUAUGAGUACAGAGAGUACUUUAUCAGAGUAGCCUACAUGAUUAGAGAGUGGUCCUCUGUAGCUCAGCUGGUAGAGCACGGCGCUUGUAACGCCAGCGUAGUGGGUUCGAUCCCCAGGACCACCCAUACACAAAAAUGUAUGCACGCAUGACUGUAAGUCGCUUUGGAUAAAAGCGUCUGCUAAAUGGCAUAUUAUUAUUAUAUUAUGAUUACUCAUAAGACGUCUUUGAAAAAUGCUUCUAGACAGAGAGCACAUUUAAUUAUACAUAGAAUGCCAUUUAGCAGACACUUUUAUCCAAAGAGACUUACAAGUUACAACAGUGUAUUUACAUACAUUUUAGUAUUUGUGACCCCAGCCAGAAUUGAACCCACAACCCUGGUGUAGCUAAAGCCAUGCUCUUACACAGGACCAAUUCAGCACACACCGCUAACUACGCUACGGUAUUUAUGCUGGAAAACAAAAGGUACAUGUAGUCUUUUAUCAGUAAAGACUGUAGAAAUAGCCCAUAGCCUAUCCAUCAUUAUCUGAGGUAGAAAACUAUCCUAUAAAUAACUACAUGUCAAUAGUGCACAUCGUCAAAAGCGAGGUCCGGAGGGUUCAAAGGUUCUGGAAGGGUGGUCUGUCUUUCUGCCUAUGGGAAAAUGGAUAGAGGAAUUUGACCAGCUGUUCUUUCUUUUCAAGGACUCUUUCACUGACUUUAUAUAUUCCAUAUUUUCCCAGAAAACACAACAAUUCCUAACUUACACGAAGUCAAGGAAAACAUGACCAUGGGAACAACGUUGGUUACCAACCCUCAAGGAGGCUUUCUGGUAAGAGGCCAUGUGGGAAUGUAGAUGUCAGCCCUGGACUGUACGGUUGUUACUAUAUGUAGAGCUAACAUAUAUAUCACACACACGCACGCCAGUGGAAGCUGCUGAGGGGAGGACGGCUCAUAAUGAUGGCUGGAAAGGAGUGAAUGGAAUGGCAUCACCAUGGAACCCAUGUGUUUGAUGUAUUUGACGCCAUUCCACUUAUUCCACUCCAGCCAUUACCACAAGCCCGUCCUCCCCAAUUAAGGUGCCACCAACCUCCUGUGACGCACUCACACGCUCUCUCCAUUACAGUCUCUCUAUCGCUCUCUCUCUCUCUCUCGCUCUCUGUCUAUAAGAAUGGGUCCGAGUAUUUAUAAUGAUGACAUAAGAUAUAAAUUACAAAGCCCGGAUCUGACCAGAACUUCCCCUCUGCCUCUUCACUGUACCUCACUGCUCAUAUAUGGACUGUUGAAUAGAGAGUCUUAGCCUAUCAGAUCCUGUACUUCAGAGAGUCAGUUACUUCGAGUCCAAAUUAAAGACCUUAACCCUGUGUGCAUGUGUGUGUAGCGUUCAUGGUCUCAUGAUGAGGUAGCGCUGUAAUCCUGCCUGCAACUUCAAAAGGUUUCACCCUCUACACAAGAGGGAAUGUCCUAUUGGGCUAACAGUUAAGGCUUUGGUUUUUCCCGUGGCUGACCCUACUUCAGAUCCCGCCGUGACACGUGUGUACUCUUUUCAUCCAGGCUUGUGGUCCCCAGUAUGGCUACAUGUGUGGUCAGCAGACGUACAUCUCUGGGGUCUGUACCAACGUCAGCUCAACCUUCCAGGUACUCAACUCCAUCGCCCCGGCCGUGCAAGGUACAGGACAACAACAAAACACACACACACACCGAGAACUACAGUCAGACCAGAGCUGCAUGAUCCCUCACCCUGGUGUUCCUUUUACAUCCCACCCCUCACACAGACAGACCCCCCCCCAACCCAUUCCGCUCUUCACACCCUAACCAACCAAUCCCUAGAGCCACGUGGCCAGAGAGAAAUAUCACUUGUGUACAUAAGAGCAUUCCACUUAGUGUAAACUACUCUCCAGUCUCCUGCUGCCAUGCAUGCCCAAGUUAGGACAGAUUUUAGAGAGACUUGUCAUCGCUGUCUGAACUCUGCAAAUUGACAGCAAGAAGCCCAAACCAGAUAAUACUUGACUAAAACGUAAUAAUUGCUAACCUUGUAUACGAUCACAUACAGUAUAUCGCUCUAUUAUGCGUGGGAAUACUUUGGAACAGAUUUCCAGAAUUAAAAUCACUUGGAGCUGAUUUGCUGGUGAUUUUACGGUCUUUUAUGUCCAACAAUAAAAAAAUAAACAUUUUGCUCAGAAAACUUGGGGGGCCAAAUAAAAUCACCCGCAGGUCGCCAGUUGGGGAACCCCGGUGUAGACUAUUAAGUCACAGUAUAGAUGAGAUACAGCUUUCCACCACUGUGUAGUCUCACUCACAGACAUUGUAAUGGACAUGCAUUCUAAGCAGAUUAUUGUUUAGUCUGUAGCUGUGUUUCAAUAUCCGUACUGGCAUACCACUUAGAAUGCAUGUCCAAUAGAAUGCAUGUCCAUUGCUUCAUUCUAAGUAGUAUUCUAAGUAGUAUACUAUGGUAGUGUGGAUAUUGGAACAAGGCCUUUUUACAAGACUAAAGAGGGACUACUGUAGAUGGGAGAGCUUCUCUGUAUUGUAGUGUUCUCACUCUCUUCAUCUCUCUCCACUGCACAAACCAACUGUUUAAUGCAUUUAUUGUAUAAAAACUGUUGGCAACUGUGGCUUUAAUAGUUUAAACAUUGAUGUACAAAACACGUCUAAUGUUUUCCAACUAACUUCUACAUUGCAUGUAAUAUGUGAUAUAUUGGUUCUGUUACACAGAUCAUAACAGCCACGUUAUUUGAAUCCCUCUUGUAUUCCAGAGUGUGCCAAAGAGCUUGACAUUGUCAUGGUGCUUGACGGCUCCAAUAGUAUAUGGCCAUGGAACAGCAUCAUUGAGUUCCUGGUUAAGUUUCUGAAGAAUAUCGAAAUUGGACCUAAACUGUCCCAGGUGAUUUCUUCUUUCUAUUUUCACCCAAAAAAACUUUAAGGACACAGUAUCAACUCUGGGCCAUGACUGAGAGAGGGGUAGAAGGGAGGGAUAUAAGGGAGGGAUAGAAGGGAGAGAUAGAAGGGACCAUAUAAUAAUAAUAAUAAUAAUAAUAAUAAUAAUAAUAAUAAUAUGUCAUUGUCUUGCCUUUGAGUUGCAUGCAUAUUAUGCUAAUCUUCAUUACAGUCACGAGUCUCACAACCACUGUUAAAUCAUCGCUUAUACUGUUAUUAGUUUAAAGUCCAAGGGCAUUAUAUGGAUGGAGAGUCCUUUUUAGAAUACCCCUGCCCCUGGAGAGGAGCUGCUUCACAGUGGUUUAGCUUAAUGGUGAAAUUACAGUUUCCCUCUGUGCUGCACUGGAAAAUAUUGUCCUACAAAGUUCUCCCUUUAUAGAUCACAUAUUCCAGAGCCGGAUAAGUAUCCUGUGUGCUAUAUAAAGAGAAUGACAUCACAUUAGAAUCACCAGAACAAACCACAUAUCCUUCCUUACCAGACUGUCUCAGUCUAUUGGAGUGUGCCACAGGAAGGGACACAGUUAUAGAAGAGGGAACUGGAGAGAAGGGCAGAGAGUGAGAUGAGGGUGAAGGAGGUUAAAGGGAAGAGAGUGAGUGAGAUGAGGGUGAAUUUGUGUGUUUGAGUGAGUGUCUGUCUGAAUCCAGUCUUUUUGUUCCAGGUGGGCAUUGUGUCAUAUGGAGAGCAAGUCAUUCACAAUGUGAACCUCAGCCAGUUUAGUAACACUACAUCCCUCCUGGACAAAGUGAUGAAUCUUAAGCAGCAACAGGGUGUCAGGACCAUGACCUUCCUGGGUAUCGACACGGCAAGGUGCAGUACAAGAGUCUGGUCAUGCUCAGUUUACAAACAUUUUACUUAAUUGAAUUGAGUUCAGUUGAAUUUAGUGUUCCACUCAGUUAAGUAUGUCUAUUUCUUGUACAGUGUGUGAAGUGAGUGAACAUGAAUGAUGAAUUCCCAAAGCGUCUCUCUCUUAUGCUUAGAAUUUAUGGCUUGAACACUGAAACACACUCUUGCCUUCAUUGUACUAGAUCUGAUGUAUAAUGCUAUUUUCACAUCUCAUGAUCACAGUGAUGUCACUACCUAUGCCAUGAGCUUUGACCUUGACCUCUAAUCAACCCUGUUGACCCCUCAGGAAAGAGGCCUUCACUGUGGAGCGAGGGGCGCGGCCGGGGGUCAAGAAGGUCAUGAUAAUCGUGACGGAUGGAGAGUCACAUGACUCUCACAACCUCAAAACUGUCACUGCAGAAUGCGAGAAAGACGACAUUGAGAGGUUCGGUAUUGCUGUGAGUAUAAGGCCAUCAAAACCAUAAUACCUCAUUAUUAAUACCUCAAUACCCUCACCACAGUAAAAGCUGUAACAUACCUUUCAGUCAGGACAAGAUCACAGUCACAUCCCUAACAGACCUCAAAUAAACACACCAUAUAUCACCUAGUUUAAAUGGUUUGGUAGCUUGGAGCUUGGUGCAAGAAGGAUGAGUGUUGCAAAACCCCGGGACCUUUCCAAAAAUUCCCAGGUUUUCCAGAAAUCCUGGUUGGAGGCUUCUAUGAAUCAGGAGAUAAUAAGCAGUAAGGGAAUCCUCCAACUGGGAAUCUUCCAGCCCAGGCAGGCCAAGGAUUAUGGGUUCAGUUACUGUUUCCUACACGGACCACAUUCUGUAAUAUAGAGGACUGUUUUUCAGACUUGAUAUCGUCAUUGCGAAUAUGAAUCUGUUCUUAAUUGACUUACCUGUAUAUAUAACGGUUAGUUGAAUAAAUAAAAUAAAAAAUACAAUUAUUUUUUUCUUCAGGUUCUUGGUGAUUACAACAGGAACAACAGAAGCAUCAAUGAGGUUAAAAGUUCAUUGAGGAGAUCAAGAACAUUUCCAGCGAUCCUGUGGGAGAUCACUUCUUCAAUGUGUCCGAUGAGUUUGCCUUGCUUACCAUCGUAGAUGCUCUGGGAAGCAGAAUCUUUGCCUUGGAGGGUAGGCUGAGCUAGUUUCUUCUAUAUAAAUCAUGACAUGCUUUGUGCUGCUUUGAACUCAGUGAUAACAAUGGCAAGUGCGCUUAUUCUCCAGAACUGUGCAAGAGUUCUUCUCUACAGUGGCUUGCGAAAGUAUUCACCCCCCUUGGCAUUUUUCCUAUUUUGUUGCCUUACAACCUGGAAUUAAAAUUGAGGGGGGGGGGGGUUGUAUCAUUUGAUUUACACAACAUGCCUACCACUUUGAAGAUGCUCUUGGGGUAUGUCUCUAUAAGCUUGGCACAUCUAGCCACUGGGAUUUUUGCCCAUUCUUCAAGGCAAAACUGCUCCAGCUCCUUCAAGUUGGAUGGAUUCCGCUGGUGUACAGUCAUACCACAGAUUCUCAAUUGGAUUGAGGUCUGGGCUUUGACUAGGCCAUUCCAAGACAUUUAAAUGUUUCCCCUUAAACCACUUGAGUGUUGCUUUAGCAGUAUGCUUAGGGUCAUUGUCCUGCUGGAAGGUGAACCUCCGUCCCAGUCUCAAAUCUCUGGAAGACUGAAACAGGUUUCCCUCAAGAAUUUCCCUGUAUUUAGCGCCAUCCAUAAUUCUUUCAAUUCUGACCAGUUUCCCAGUCCCUGCCGAUGAAAAACAUCCCCACAGCAUGAUGCUGCCACCACCAUGCUUCACUGUGGGGAUGGUGUUUUCGCGGUGAUGAGAGGUGUUGGGUUUGCGCCAGACAUAGUGUUAUCCUUGAUGGCCAAAAAACUCAAUUUAAGUCUCAUCUGACCAGAGUACCUUCUUCCGUAUGUUUGGGGAGUCUCCCACAUGCCUUUUGGUGAACACCAAACGUGUUUGCUUCUUUUUUUCUUUAAGCAAUGCCUUUUUUUCUGUCCACUCUUCCGUAAAGCUCAGCUCUGUGGAGUGUACGGCUUAAAGUGGUCCUAUGGACAGAUACUCCAAUCUGCGCUGUGGAGCUUUGCAGCUCCUUCAGGGUUAUCGUUGGUCUCUUUGUUGCCUCUCUGAUUAAUGCCCUCCUUGCCUGGUCCGUGAGUUUUGGUGGGCGGCCCUCUCUUGGCAGGUUUGUUUUGGUGCCAUAUUCUUUCAAUUUUUUUAUAAUGGAUUUAAUGGUGCUCCGUGGGAUGUUCAAAGUUUCUGAUAUUUUUUUUAUAACCCAACCCUGAUCUGUACUUCUACACAACUUUGUCCCUGACCUGUUUGGAGAGCUCCUUGGUAUUCAUGGUGCCGCUUGCUUGGUGGUGCCCCUUGCUUAGUAGUGUUGCAGACUCUGGGGCCUUUCAGAACAGGUGUAUAUAUACUGAGAUCAUGUGACAGAUCAUGUGUACACUUAGAUUGCACACAGGUGGACUUUAUUUAAUUAAUUAUGUGACUUCUGAAGGUAAUUGGUUGCACCAGAUCUUAUUUAGGGGCUUCAGAGCAAAGGGGGUGAAUACAUAUGCACGCACCACUUUUCCGUUAUUUCUUUUUCUCUAAUUUUUUGAAACACAAUAUUUUUUACAUUUUACUUCACCCAUUUGGACUAUUUUGUGUAUGUCCAUUACAUGAAAUCCAAAUAAAAAUCAAUUUAAAUUACAGGUUGCAAUGCAACAAAAUAGGACAAACGCCAUGGGGGAUGAAUACUUUUGCAAGACACUGUACAUAGUGAAAUAAACAGAGAUUUGAUAUUAAUCCCCAAGGGGAAGUGAGUUAUCAUCCAAAAAGCCACACAGAGUCAUACAAUUAAAACAAUAACGACAUUAAAAACAGUCCAUAGACAGUUACAAUGAAAAUGGAUCAGUGAGAGUGAUUGUAUAGUAACGGAUCAAUGUGAAUGUCCUUUCCACAGCAACGUCAGGUAACUACACCUCGUCGUUUGAGAUGGAGAUGUCCCAGGCUGGUUUCAGUGCCCACACCUCUAAGGUGAGUCCACAUUACAUACUGUUGUUUUGUUCUACUCCUGGGGCAUAUUCAUUACACCGAUUCUGUUGCAAAACAUUUCUUAAAUGGAAGCGAACGAAACAUGAGGGGACCUAACUGUUUGCUCUGUUUGCUUCCAUUCGGUUCUAAAACGGGAAAUGGUUUUCGUAAAUAAAUACAACUCUGCUUUCCUUUCCCCUUUCCUACUAACUAACUCCUUCUACCCCUGCUUUCCACUGUCCUACACUGUUAAAAGAAACAGUUUGAAAAUAUGCAGCUAGGCUUUUCCAACACCAGGAGGCAACUAAUUGCAUAAAUCUAUCAAAUGUUUUAUGUUUCAAAAUACUCUCUUUUAAUAGUGUACUCCCACUGUCCUAGCCCACUGGGCUAAAGGGUGCAGCAUAUUACCGUGGGGAUCGGUUUAUAGGAUAUCACGCUUGUGAAUCUUUGACUGCCCGCUUAUCAGCCCAAGUCAGAUACAGUACAGAACGACGGUGUGUGUUGUGUUAUUCACUGGGCACAGACGUCAAUUCAACGUCUAUUUCAUUGAAAUGACGUGGAAACCAGUGGCGAUUUUAGCAUGUAAAUCUUGGUGGGGCAAAAAAGUAAUAUAUGGGAUCCAUGCCAGCAAAGCCACUACACAACACAAAAUACAUUAAUUUCACUAUAACGGUGACAAACGGUGCCCACAAACUGUUAGGGCCUACAUACAGCUGUCCCAACACCUUAUCACUGCUACACCUGGCUUUCAGCGGAGUUGUCUGGCAGCGAAACAGUUCAUUCAGCCUCAUUUACUGCCUUUAAAAAAAACAUAGCUGAUAUGGCUGACUUGCUUAAAUAAAUGUGGUUUCUACUGACAAUUGAGAUGUACAAACUAUGGCAUAAGGGGACGACAAGCGGAUAAGAGGCAAUCCUUAAUUUCGAAUAAGAUAUUAAUUAGCGAGCUGCGACGGACGAAGUCAGUAUAACUGUUUGUUCAGCACUUUUGAAAUGUACAGCGACAGAAUUCAGAACAUGGGCCAUUCUUACAGUAUUCUCCCUGUACACCAAGGCAGAACCGUAGGAUAAGUAAAGGGGGCAUAUAAGCAGACAAUGAAAGUUCUUACAAUAUUCAAUGAUGACAUUUCUCUAAAACAGGUUAUAGGCUACAUGUGUACCACCAAGUUAGAACUAGGUGAAAUUAAGAAGUGAAAAUAUACCAAAUUAUUAGGGUGAGGCACAUUGAACGCCGUUUGGGUCUUUACGUGUCAAAAAAGAAACACGUCAAAUAACACUAUUUGACCCGUUAAAUAAGCUUUUAAUUUGACACGUCAAAUAACACAAUUUUAUUAUAGAAUUUGCACGUGCAAGCCAAGCGCCACCACUACUAUCAGUAGCACUGUCAAAGCUAUACAAAAACAAGUCUGCAAACAAGCACACACCGGCCAUGAACGAUGUGUUUACAAUACCGUGUUUACAAUACCAAAUUAUUAGGGUGAGGCACAUGGGCUUAUAACAGCUUACUACACAACAUACACUUAGUAUUACUUUCUUAGCUACAGUAUACAUAUCUCCCUUGCAUAUUACAUAAUUUAUGCAGCAGCAUACAAGACAUUUUUGGACUCACCUUGUUUUGCUGUGCUCACUUAAACAGGAAGGUGGCACAGCGGUCCUUUGUGGGCAAAUUUUCAUCAAAGUCUGGCAUUCUCUGGAUUUAUGGUGGGAACUCGUAAAAAAGCCACACAGCCACUCCACUGAAUAGCAGGCUAGUGAUUGCUUUGCAAUGCUUGCAGUUAGCCACUGAUUCCUUCCAAACCACUCAUUGUUGAAUUUACGAUUUCCAACUUGUUGGUUAAUGUUUAUGUCCAAUGGCCAAUGAGCACCGAUAAGUUUGAUCUAUAAUUUCUCUUCAUUAUUUCUCUUCAUAUGACAAGGAUUAAAAAGGAUUUGCCAGUAGAUUGUCGAUUUGAUUAAUGAUGAUGACUGUGAGCUAAUAAUUUGAAAGUAAGAUGUUGACAUGAUCAGUCCAAUCAAAGCUACUGUACAUAUAACGUGAUUUGACGUCAUUUUAUCUGUGGCCAAUGACCUUGAGCCUUCUUGGAAGGGUACUUCUAAUGUAACUCUAUGGCAGCACCCAAAGGGCUUACAUUUUGGAUGUAUACCCUUACUAAGGACUUAGACUUGGCGGUGACAUAGUGUCCCCAUGAGUGACAGAACACUGAGCCAAUCACGGCGCAAUGCUCCUAUUUUCUGAUGGCUUGCCCCACCACCACAGAAAGCACUGAGCUAGGCUGAAACACCUGCAUUUUGGAGCUGCGGCUUUAUUAACUGAAUUAUAUAUAUUUUUACAUUGUUUGCAAACUGAUAUGUGACACGUAUUAAUGCCAAAAUAACAUGCAAAAGAGGCAAUCCCCCUCCCCACCAAACAAAUAUGUAUUUAUUUAUUUAUUUGCUAAAAAUGUGGGGCUCAAAACAGGUAGGGCAGUCGCCACUGGUGGAAACAAUGUUGAUUCAACCGGUGUGUGCCAAGUGAGAUCUUUCAUUCAUCAAGAUGAACUAUCCCUGUGCUGGUUCACCGUGAUCCAACGAAUGUUCUGGAGACAGAGGGACCCUCUGUCCUCUCUUUCCUCUCCUCUCUCAGCCCAGAGAGAACUGUGCUGUGGGGGAGAGGAGAACUAAGAAGAGACGACUUUUCCCGUGAGAGGAUGUUCACUUUGAACAAACAAAUAAAUGUAUUCUCCCAAACCUUAUGUGCAUUCAUCAGGCAUUGCCCCUCCGUAGAUGAGUUGGAGUAAACAUGCUCUACACUCUUACAAAAAAGGGUUAUUUGGUUGUCCCCAUAGGAGAACCCUUUUUGGUGGAAAGGGUUCUACAUGGAACUCAAAAGGGUUCUUCCUAAACUUUUGGUUUCACCAAAUGUUUACAUUCUGUCAUAAAGAGCACAUGUUCAACUUAAUAAAAAACAUGUUUUCCCAUCUCAAAAGGUUAAAUAAAAAAAAUGACUAUAUUAAGUGCCAAAUAAAGUAACAAGGUUGACCGUAAAAGGGUUGACAAUUUCUUCUAAUAUCAGCCAUAAAUCCCCUUGUGGCAGGGGUAAUGGAAGUUUGUUUUGUGCAACAGAGAGUGGCAAUUGAAUGCAAGCUUCACCCCCAAAAAAUAAUUGUUAAAACAUUUCUAGCCUAUCUAUGGGCAACAGGGUUGACAUGUUAUGUUCAACCUACUCAGUUUUCCACCGCAAAACACCAGAACAUUCCCAAAAAGAGUUGAACCUGCUCACCUGCUUUUACUACAUGAAUUGACUAUUAGAUGUUCACUGUAUCUUUUUUUUUAUGAAUAGUUUCACCGUAUUAAAACAAAUGGAUGCAAAAGGCACUUAUUUCGUGGAACGACACAGAUCCAUCUUGUGAAAUACUUGACCCUGCCCUGUCUUCCUGUAGUCAUGAAACAGGGUCUUCUUCUUCAUGUUCUAUGGGGGAAAUGGCUACUUGACACAGUGCAUUGUGACAGUGGUCUUUCUCACUGUGGUCACUGGUCUGUUUAGCCUUCACUCAAAUUAGACUUUUCCACUGCCUGGGGGGUCUCUUCCUGUUUCCUGUGCUGUAGCAUAACUGUCUCAAAGAGUUGGAUGAAGGCCCUUAAUGUCACUGCCCAUGCUGUCACAGAAGACGCCAUUACAAAGACAAGAGAUGAGCUUUCUAGUGUCUCUAUGAGCUGUUGUCUCAUCUGACUCUAUCAUUUUUUAUGUGUGCAUUGUUCUAUCAGGAAACAAUGUGGCUGGGUCCACAGAAAAGGCUGCUUCGAAAAGGGCCGAGUACUAGAGAUGAGAGAGAGCGCGAGAGAGAGAGAGAGCGAGAGGAGCGGAGGAGAGAGGAGAGCGAAGACGAGCAGAGAGCAAGAGAGAGAGAGAGAGAGAGAAAGAAGAGAGAAAGAGGAGAAAGAGAGAGACAGGCAGAGAUAGAGCGAGAGAAAGAGAGAGAAGAAAGCGAGUAGAAAGCCGAACUAGCGCUAGAUCUUAAUACUAUAGCGAUACCUAAGAAAGACUCUAUGACUCUCUCUCUAUCGCUCAGAUAGAUCUCAUCUCUCCUCUCUCUCUCUCUCUCUCUCUCUCUCCUCUUCUCCCUUUCUACCCAACCUGCUGUCUCGACCUCUGAAUGCUCGGCUAUGAAAAGCCAACUGACAUUUACUCCUGUGGUGCUGACCUGGUUGCACCCUCUACAACCACUGUGAUUAUAUUUGACCCUGCUGGUUAUCAGUGAACGUUUUUAACAUCUUGAAGAACGAUCUGACCUUAAUGGCCAUGUACUUUUAUAAUCUCCCACCCGGCACAGCCAGAAGAGGACUGGCCCACACCUAAGAGCCUGGUUCCCCUCUAGGUUUCUUCCUAGGUUCCUGCCUUUUAGGGAGUUUUUCCUAGCCACCGUGCUUUCUACAUAUGCAUUGCUUGCUGUUUGGGGUUUUAGGCAGGGUUUCUCUAUAAGCUCUUUGUGACAUCUGCUGAUGUAAAAAGGAUUUUAUAAAUACAUUUUAUUAUAGUCCUUAAUACAAAAUGAUGUCAGUCACAGGUCUGUAGGUUUCGAAAAACAGGAUUAUGGAAAGGACAGAUACGGUACAUAUUGUUGUACUGGCUGAGGCAAAUGUAUUUUACAUUUGUUAAAUACAAUUAAUUAAUUAAUUCAUAGGAGGGUGUAAUGCUGGGUGCAGUUGGGGCGUAUGAGUGGAACGGGACAGUGGUGAUGCACACAGACCAGGGUACCAUGGUUCCCCUAAACGCAGACUUCCAAGACCCACGGGACGAGAGGAAGGAGAGCCUGGCGGGGUAU